AUGUACUUAUAUUUAUUCUACCACCUGUUUGUUCGUUCGAUAGGGACAGCUCUUGCAAUCCUUAAGACCAAGGAUCCGGCCCAGUCUUGUUUCGGUGAGUUCGACGGCUGCAGGCGAUCGGCUUUGCUCACUCUCUUGGCUCGUGCUGCUCGUGCUUUGCCAACGAAUCUAGCCUACAUCCAAGGCCUGAAAACAGCGUUCCCUGUAUCUGUACCUCUCCAUGCAAUCCCUGACGAUGAUCUGUGGAAGAACCGGGCCUUAGGACUUGAACAGCAGUAUGCCGACCUGAAAAUGGAGCACGACGCUCUUCAGAUACAAUGUGCCUCAAAACCUCGGGCGAUCGCCGUGACUGAUUCUGGUCCUUCCAAGAAGAAAAACAAGAAGGUCGUAACAGAGCCGGCACCAACAAACCAAGAUGAGGCGCUCCCCCCUGCAGACUUGCAACUCGAUGUCAGUGCUUUCAAGAAUUCGUUCGAAGACUUGUGCCUAGAGCUCAAACCAUGCUCGGAUGGCCUUCCAUUUCCUGGCCAGGACGGCAAGAAUCUAUAUGCCGCUCAGGACGCAUUGUUCAAGCUCUUGCCUCUUGCUACCCAGUCAAACUUCCCAAUUGCGAUUCUUCUAUCCGCUACUCGGCGUGCAUUUAUUGCAGUCUCUAGAAAUCUUGACUCAAUCAUCAAGGCAAAUGCAAAACUCAAGACUCUGGCGAUUUUGGCUGUUGUGCUUCAUGCAUCGAUUGAAAAAUCUAUUCCACCACUGGCUUCUGUAUCACCCAGUCUCGAAUCAUCAUCAACGGUGGCCCCGCUUUCCUCUGCUCUGAACCUGCUUCUCGACUGUAUCUUUUUGCCAAUCGUCAAAUCGUUUUCCCUGCUGUCAGGAAAGAGCCUCGAGUAUCUCUCGAAACCACCGAACAGCAGUGCUGGUCGCCGCUCGUCUUCGAAAUCGUCCAACUAUACGGAUCUCCGGCCGAGUUUACUGUCGCUACUGCAAGGGACGCUCACUUGCCUUCACACUUCCCUUUUAUCGAGCUUUAAGCAGAAACCUCGUUCUUCUGCAAAGCUCUCCGAAUAUCGACUUCAAUUGCAGCAUGCACUUCUUGAAUUCUCGCUCCUUCAACACUCCUUGAUCUUGGAGACUCUCCGUCAUCUCAAAGAGCUGCUGGAGGACACAGCUCCUGGUACACCUCAAACGACUGAUCGGCAUCAUCGGAUACAGCGUCUGGUGAUAAAAGAUACACUAUGGUAUCUCUGCAGCGUCCUUCAAUUCUCAAUUGGUUUUGCGCUAGAUGGGCGCUUAUCUGAACCCAUUGCUCAAGCGGUUAAUCUGGUGCUGCUAAAGAAGACAACUCUGAAGCUUUUUGUGGACCUCGUCGUUAAUCACGACGGUUCGAGAUCCCGUCCUUGUCUAUUCGAGCACGAAUCCUUAGACAACAUGGUGAGUGACGAGAUUGCUGGAUGCAUGGGAAAACCGUCUCUGGUGCAGCGUCCCUGA